UUCAUAGACAGGGCAAUAAAGUUCAUAUUUUUCUACUUAUAAAACAGAGACAUAGACGUAAUCAUCAUUAGCACUACAGACAGCUAAAUAGAUUCAUAUUUAAUAUUUUUUAUCAAAAGGAAUCGCUUUUUUAAUUGUUGAUUAAGUAGCAUUUCAUUUGAUCUCUCGUGGGUUUCUAUCUGAGCGAGAGAGAGAGAGAGAUCAAGCAAAGUUGUUGUUUUGUAAGAGAAUGGGAUCGUCUUCAGGGCAAAGUGGAUAUGAUCUGUCGUUUAAGAUAUUGUUGAUUGGAGAUUCUGGUGUUGGCAAAAGCAGUUUGCUUGUCAGCUUCAUCUCCAACGCUGUUGAAGAUCUUGCUCCUACCAUCGGUGUUGAUUUCAAGAUCAAACAGUUGACAGUAGGAGACAAAAGACUCAAACUCACAAUCUGGGACACAGCUGGACAGGAACGGUUUAGAACACUGACGAGCUCUUACUACAGAGGCGCCCAAGGAAUCAUUCUCGUUUAUGAUGUGACGAGAAGAGAGACAUUUACAAACUUAGUAGAUGUGUGGAGUAAGGAGAUUGAGCUUUAUUCCACUAACCAAGAUUGUGUUACGAUGCUUGUUGGUAACAAAGUCGAUAGAGAAUCUGAGAGAGGAGUUAGCAGAGAAGAAGGGAUUGCGCUAGCGAAAGAACUCAAGUGCAUGUUUCUUGAGUGUAGUGCUAGAACUCGACAAAACGUGGAGCAGUGUUUCGAAGAGCUGGCUUUGAAGAUAAUGGAGGUACCUAGUCUUUUGGAAGAAGGAUCAAGUGCUGUGAAGAGAAACAUCUUGAAGCAAAACUCAUCAGAACACCAGACUACUCCUCAAGCAGGCUGUUGCAGCUCUUGAGGCGAAUCUGAUUCUUUUCUCUGAGGUUGCCUCGUUUGUGUGUAACAUAAUGUUAGUUUUUCUGUAAAUUUGUGGGAUUUCUACUGCUCUUCUUUUGCUUCUGAAAUGAGAUUUGUAAUAACAUCAUAAUAGAGUGAAUCAUCAACCCUAUCCAGUCUUUCUUCAAAUCUAUGUUUAUGGUG